AUGCUUUCCUCUGCAGCUAGAUCCUUCUCCAGAACCAAAGCCCCCAACGCACUCGCAGCCCUCUCCAAGAGGUCCAUCUCUGUCCAGAGCUUGUUACACGGGUCCCCUGAGGCACGGAAGGAAGGCGAACUCGAGAACCUGCAGCAUUCGAAACUAGUAGGGAGAGGCAAAUACGUCCAUGGUUUCGAAGUUCACCGCGUCAAGCCUCAUCUGAUUGACGAUUACAAGAAGGCCGCUGAACGGUACUAUGUCGGUAUCAAGGACGAUUCAGAACUUGGGGUGAAGCUUACAGGAAGCUGGGAAACACUCGUCGGUGAACAAGACACAUUCCUCCACAUUCUUGAAUACGAGAACUAUGCUGGAUGGGACAAGACGACCAAGCUCAUCAAGGGGUCCAAGGCACGUAGAAUACUCGACUCCACCAUGGAGAGGCUAUGCUGA